AUGACAAGAACCAAGCGACAAAGCCAACUCCGAGCUCAGCAGAGGAAGGGCCCCUUCUCCCCGGGUAAACCUGGUGCUCUCAGUGGGCGCAUGGCCCUUGAUCACCAGGAAUUUAAAGGGAGAAGAGUGGUCAAUCCUUCGGCAGUUUCGCAAUCAUCAACUCAUCCGCCUCCAAGCCCCUUGGCCCUGGGUAAUCCUGGUCUGCUCAAUGGGCGUAUGGCCCUUGACCACCAGGAUUAUAAGGGGUCAAGUGUGGUUUCGUCGUCAAUCCAUUCAUCAGAAAAUCCGGAAGCCCCAAAGUCGAGAAAUCCGCCGCCUAAGCAUGCCUCAGGAACCGCCAAGAAGAUUGCUAGAUUACAAAAGAAGUUGGGAUGCGAUGAUAAUGUUUGGAUACUUCCAACCUCGAUUUCUUUGAAAAAAAUAAACUCCGAUAAACCCAUUCAGAUUCUACCUAACUUGAACCGCCCUCGCAACCUCGUCACGAGUUCAGGCGGUGUCCCUCAUUUUAUCCUCGAACGUCAUCCAUUCGACAUAAAACCUCCGACACAUGAGUUUCAAGAACUCUCCAAUGUCAUCAAAACCCUCUAUCAAAUGGCCCAAAAUAGGCCCACAAACACAAUGAAUACAAAACGUUUGGGCGGAGAGAUGCGUAUGAUUGGCUUUCGUUGUGCUUCUGAUAGGGGUAAAAGAGGUGGAACAUAUGUACGGAAUGACUUAACACCUGAAGAAGAGGCUAAGGACGACCAGCUUUGGGAGAAGCUCCAAUCUCACAACGAUUUUCUUGCCCGCCGUAUGGAAUCCCUCUGUUCUAGCGCCUAUCAAGAAAACCAAUCCAUCAUGUGUGACUACGGAAUCCCCAAUUGGAGUCAGGAGGAAUGGUCAGAAAUGAGGAAGGAGGAGGAUGUGGAGUAUAAGUUUGCCUCAAAUGUCUCAGUCACAUUCGACAAUUUUUACAACAAAGCUCAUCAAGAUGAGGGUGAUCUCAACGGCUGGACCUACGGUAUAUUUUCAUUCAUAGAUAGAACCACAGGUGAACCAAUCCCUCCGCCCCACAAUAAGGAGGGACAUGGAUUUUUAUUUCCUAGACACCCUUAUCUCAUUGACUUUGUACAUUCAAAUGGUAUUGUAGAGCUAGUUUGGCAAACCACUCAGUUUGAACACCGCACAACCAAAACUCCUCCUUUUCUUCCCCAACCACAUAAUCGGUCCUGGACCCACUUUGGCUGCUCUUUUCAAAUUAACAAAAAACUAGCUAAUGUUGCUCUUGAUUUAAAAGGACAAAGCCAAGAAGUCAUACAACAUGCAACCUUGUGUAAAAACCAAAGAUCAACUUCUAAAUAGUACAAUUUAUUAUUAUAUUCUCUUAUUUCUGUCAUUCCUCUGAUUUAUAUAUAGCCUUCCAAUUGAUUUCUUCUUUUUAAGUGACAUGUUUCUCUGCUUUUUAACCUAGGAAUUAAAAUCUAUCAAAGAUGGUCCAUGUUUAUGAUGAUGAUGCCAG